AUGAUUGAUAAUAGAUUGGAAAAGGAGUUCAAUGCUGUUCUAAAUGCCAUUGAUGAUGGAGUUUUGGAAAAUAUUUCAGUUGAAGUGGAUAAACAAAACAAUUCAAUAAAUUAUAGAAAAUGGAUAGUCACUAUCUAUGGCAAGGAAGGUACAAUUUGGGAAGGAGGUGAAUUCCCAGGAUUUUUAAAUUUUUCUAAAUCAUAUCCAAGUGAUCCACCUUAAUAUUAUUGGUAAUUGUAUGGAGGAUAGUUUUAACAUAUGAAUGUAUUUGAAAAUGGAGCAACAUGCAUCGAUAUCCUGAACAAUAAAAUAGGCUACACGCCAGCUACUUCAUGCGUAGAAAUAUUGAAGGGAAUGGAAGGGUUUUUGUACAAUCCUAAUCCGAAAUCUCCAACUAUGAGGGGUUUGGCAAAAACAUUUGAGGAGAACAAAGAACAAUAUGAGAAAUUAAUAAAAGCCUUCGUGAAACAUUACAUGAUAGAAAAAGAGAAAAAGAAAUAGUGA